AUGGCGACAGGCGCCAAUUUUCAGAGUGUUGAAGACACCUGCAUCAUGUGUCCCCGAAUCGGCAGCAAGUUCUGUCCCAAAUGCCACGACGCUCGCUAUUGUAGCAAAGAUUGUCAAGCGCUGGAUUGGAGCAACCACAAGAUCAUAUGCAAAUCCUUCAACCACUCUCGACCCAGCGACCUUCAUCGCCGCGUCCUCCUAUUCCCCGGCGGCAACACACCACCGCGCUUCGAGUGGCUGGAGGCGUGGCCGAUUUCUGCACUUGGUUUGCCUGGCAGUGGCGAGUUUCUCAACACACCCAUCAUUCUCGGAACUGAGAACUCGGAUCUCAACAACUGCGUCUGGAACACAAUUCAAGGUCGUAUAGUUCGCCGAAAGAGGGAAGAGUCGCUGUACUAUUUCAAGCAAUCACAAGACGAUCCCGACUUCCCUUCCCCAAUGAUUACGAACCAUGGUCUUCGUGCUUUCACGAGAGCGGGUGCUUGUCGCGAUUCGAUGAAAGGGCCCAUUAUAGUCAGCAGAGUCGCUGAGUUCGAGUUGAUGCAGCUCACUCACCGUGACAUGGACAUGAGAGACGCACGAAAUACUGCUGACUGGCUAAGCCAAGUUGGUCGUGAACGUGGGACUGUUCACGCAGCCAAUCUACGCGACACUGAGGUCCUUGGCACGACAAUUGAGAGCAACGGUCGGGUCAUCAAUCAAGGCUGCCCCCAAUUCAGCAACGUACGUAUCACCGGCGACGAUGUCCUUUGGACCUCCGAGGGUAGUCAGAUUGCCAACCUGCUCGGUCUGCCUCUCCUGUUUCGAUCGUCCAGCUACGGGAAGGGCACCCUCAUUCCACAUCCAGUUCUCGAGAAUCCCGCAGCCACUUUGCUCCACCGCGAUGUCAUAUCCAAGAAAGUCCUCGAAGCGUCUGGUCUGAAGGGCGCCCAGAAGCAAUUGACCUACUAUGGCGACCACAAGUUCGAAGCAGAACGUGAGCGCUUGGCCUUCGUGGGCAUCACUGGCUUUGGGUCUUCCAUGUCAGCGUACAGUAUUGUGCCGGACACUUGCUAUGUUGCUCGCGCCGACGGCAAGCCCCUACCGAAAGAGCACACGGAAGCUAUCUGCUCCUACAUCGCCGACAAAAUCGAGCCGCAGCUAAUCGCUGCCACCGAUGACCUCUACGAAAAUGACCUCGUUACCAAGCGCGACGAGAUCUUGGACAGCAUCACCAAAGACAGCUUCCUCGAGUACUAUGAGGCUAUGAGGGAGGAAAAGGUCAAGCGAUGCAACAUGAGCUGGCGCGACUUGCCCAACCCCUACGAGAUCAAGGAAUUUGACGUCGGACUGCUCAAGGCACAUGCUCCUCGUGUUCCUACCUUCGUCCAUCCACCAAUCCCGCGGAUCGGUCCCAUCGAAAACUAUGGUUGGCCUCCUAACGAAGAACGGACCUACCGAGUUGCUUGA